AUGAUGAUGAGGGACUUCGAAGAUCCGCUUCUGGUGUUCCAGGACAUCGGCACGGAGGACAAGGAAAACAUGGCGCCAACCGGGCCCAGAUCGACAUCGACGUCAUCGUCAUCGAGCGGUGGCCUUCAUCCGCUCAUGGCACGAACGUCCAAGAAGACGUGGAGCCUGGACGAUUUCGAAAUUGGACGCAAGCUGGGCAAGGGGCGCUUCGGAAAUGUGUACGUGGCGCGGGAGAAGAGGACCAAAUUCAUUGUGGCCCUCAAGGUCAUCUUCAAAGAGCAACUCGAGCAGAACAAGGUCGAGCACCAGCUCAGGCGCGAAAUCGAAAUCCAAUCCCAUUUGCGACACCCCAACGUGCUGCGCAUGUUUGGAUUCUUCCACGACAAGACGCGCGUGUUCCUGAUCCUCGAGUACGCGCCUGGCGGAGAGCUCUACGCCGUGCUCAACAAGAAGACGCGCUUCGACGAGAAGACCGCCGCCGAGUAUAUCUACUCGAUCGCCGACGCGUUGUGGUACUGUCACACCAAGAACACGAUCCACCGAGACAUCAAGCCCGAGAACCUCCUGAUCGGCGCCCACGGCGAGAUCAAGAUCGCCGACUUUGGCUGGUCCGUGCACGACCCCAAAGUCAGCACGCAUGGCCCGCGAAGAAAGACCCUGUGCGGUACCCUGGACUAUCUCCCGCCGGAGAUGUUGGAGGCCAAGCCCCACGACGCCAAGGUCGACAACUGGAGUCUGGGCGUCCUCCUCUACGAGUGCGCUCGCGACCUGAUCUCGAGGCUGCUGCAGAAGGACCCCUCGCAGCGCCUGUCGCUCCAGCAGAUGAUGGAGCACCCGUGGAUCAAGCAGUUCGUCAAGAAGUACUACUGA